AUGAAGACGCGACGAGCGAUUCCGAUUCUUCUGCUUUGCUCGUUGGCCUAUGCACAAUACAAUUUGAACAAUCAGAAUCCGAAUCAAAAUCCGUACGCGAAUUUCGGGUCGCAACAGCAGCAGAAUACUGGAUACGGGGUGAGUUGCUUGAAAACUCGUUUAUCUCAGCAGCCAGUGGAGAUAUCAAAAAGUUGUCAACUGAUAAAAUGUUCGCCAAGAAAUUGUGUACAUUUUAUCAGUUGACAACAUUUUUCUAUCUCUACAAACAACAGAGUUAUAUCGCUUCAAAUCUGAGCCAAAUACAUUUCAGGCGCAAUCUCAAAACUACGGAAAUGCGAACGGCAACGCGAACACGAACACGAACACAAAUUCCAAUUCUUGGGGAUCGUCGGCUCAAACGCAACUCGGACAGGCCAGUCAGAAUGGAUACAAUCAGAACCGCGGAGUGUUCAACAAUCAGGCUCCGUUCGGAUCCACGAAUAGUACGGUACGGUCAUUCGACGCGUUAGACAACUUUUUAACGACAUUUUGCAGACUGGCAGCUCGACGAAAGGUGUGACGAUCCAAUUCCAACUGCGCGGCUACUCGAACCCCUCGUCGGCUCUUCCCAACUCGCAGACAUGCGCGUGUCCGUCCGGUCACUCGUGCUCUUUUCUCAAGACCAGUCCGCGAUGCUACUUUGCGUUCACGUUCAUCGUCUCCUCUCCAGAGUAGCACCAAAAUUGAUGUACAUAGAUCGACUUUAUUCAUUUCAGUGAGAGCGUCCGCUACCAAAUCACCGACUUCUUCUACCUGGACACCAACGGACAGCUGCCACAGUCGUCGCAAGGACAAUGGAGUCAGAACUAUGUGAUGAAUCUGCCCUCGAAACCGGUAAUCUCUCGGAAAACUCGUCGCAAGCGCUACGACGACUCGUUUACAGGCCGCUAUCGACGUGUUCGCACACCAUCUCGGAGCAGUGAUCACCCAGUCGGGUCAGCUGGUGCAGGAUGACACCCUGACCCAUGUGGACACGUUCGUCGUUCCGCUUUCGGAUACUUUGCCAGCGGUGGAGGGCGUUCAGAACAUGAACCAGCAGAGGACGUAUCAGGGAAAACUUUUGGGCACCAGGUGAGCGCUUUCGAUGUCAAAUGUCGCCACGGAACCCCAGCGCCUUCCAAUAAAAAAUCCGCUUGGCGCAAUUCACGUGCGCUAAACAAGGCGCGUAACGCGUAAUUCCGGAGCGUCGUUGUAGAGUUUCUCAUUUCAAUUUUCUGCUUUUUUUGCAUUAUCUCCAUCUUUUCAGAACCAAUCAGUGUCAAAACUUAUGAUAAUGAUUAGAAAUGAAUAAAAAAUGAAAUUUUAACUGCUUCGUCGUCAAUUUCGAAACGUUUUAUGUGCAAAUUACAGAAUUUUUUUCCUUUUGGAAUCGAAAUUAUCUCAAUUCUGUAUAUUUUUCGACAGUUGAGCGCUUAAAAGAUGCGCAAUAAACUCCUUGUUGACUGGACAGUUCGAAUGCCAGUGUCCGAACUCGAUUUUCGGCAAAUAAUCGUUAAAACUCCGUUUUUUUCCAGUAGUUUUCGACAAAAUCCCUCAAUUUGGUCAAUUCUGAACGAAUCUGCUCCGUUUCGCGCUUAAAUCGAUGCUUUUAACUCAGACAAUCGCCCUACGGUUCGCAAAGAACAAAAUUUGAGUGUUUAUUAAGAGAAAAACGAAAAAAUUCUGGUCUGGUUUUCAAUUGAAAAAAGAAACUCCGAGUCGACGGUGGAUGCAAGCGCGCCCCCUUUGACAACUCGCUUGCGCACUGAAAUGCUGGGGUUCCGUGCGUCGAUAGAGUCUGAAAACUGAUAUUAUGACGUCACUGCAUUCACAAUCCACAACGCACCAUUCGAGUAGAGUCAGUCGAUUAGAACGCAGGGAAGAAAGACGAUAGUUUGAGUAGAAAACCCGAUAUUAUCUCCAAUUAGUUUUGACGAACGAAUGGUAAUUGUGAAGUGAUCUUCAAUCACUUCCAACUGCGAACUUUUUUUUGUGUUUCGCGGGAAAUGUCACGUACAUUCUACUCGUUUUUUCAGCCUCUCCAUGUCCUUCUCGAUCUCCUGCUCCGGCUCGCUGAUCGGUCCCAACUGUGACCUGACCUGCAAAGCUUCGCACCUGAACUCGAACACCGCCGCGUGUGUCUCCAACUCGACCGGCUUCUUCUCCAUCUGCAACUACAUCACCGGCGGUCAGGUGGACAACUGCAAGAACUGUCCAUGGGGCAUCCGAGACGGAACCUACUGUCAGGACGAACGCGGUGCCGUUCUCGAUCCCAAGGAGGCGGUGAGUAGAGUAGCCUAAACGAUAUCAUCGAUUGCUUUUUUGCAGGGUCUCGUCGGCAGUGGCUGGCAGACGGCCUCGAUCAUCCUCGCCAUUCUCGCCUUCAUUUUUCUUCUACUUCUUUGUGCUGCUGCUUUCUUCACAUGCGCCAGGUAAGCAUCACUGUUUCUGAUACGUCUUUUCAUACUUGUACUGCUUCCAGAAACCGCCGAGAUCCCGUCGAGAAGGAAAUGACUCUGCUGGGUCCUCGCCAGCCAUCCGGAAGUCCUCAAGACUGGAAACAAACUCAGGGCCAAGCGGUGUACCGACAGGACUCCACUGACAGAAGGGCCAUGUUGCCGCCCCCGCAAGACACCAAACCCAUCAGUGAGUUUCCGAUUUAUGUCUACGUACCUGACAAGAAAUACCAUGAUUGUCAACGGAUAAAAUGUCGCAAAUUUCUUGCUAAACAACUUGUUAGUUGACAACUUUUUGAUAUCUCAACCCGCAGCUGACAGAUUCAUCGUUUUUAAAAGACGAUCGCUGCGAUGAGCGCCAGAAUGUUGUAUGUUGUUAAAAUCGCCCGUUUUUGUAGACGAACCCUUCUUCACCUCUGUCUAAAUGCUCUCAAAUCCAUUGGUAAGAAGACAUUCAAAAGUACCCCUCCUUCCUUUCUGUUUUUUUGUCGUCGCUGUCCGUAUUCCCUCCCUCUCUUGUUAUGCCAAUAGGGAAUCGUUUUCAAGGUGGAUGGAUUUGAAAGCAUGCCGGACUGGAAUGAAGGGUUUUUUGUUCGAUUUCGUCAAAGUAAUUGUAUGAUUUUCAGGAUCGGCGAUGCGAAAACCCAACUAUUCGCCGGUGGGCGCCGGCGACGAUUCGAGCUUUGUCAGUGACGCGCCGCCGCGACCGAGUCGCAGUGAAGUUGUGUAA